AUGGCGGGAGAACCAGCCACGCUGGGAUUGUCGUCUACUGAGGAUGAAGGUGAGGACCCCUGGUAUCACAAAGUGUGCAAAUGCGAUUGCCAAGGAGGUGCCAAUGCCCUGUGGUCUGCGGGCACCACCUCCUUAGACUGCAUACCGGAAUGCCCCUAUCAUAAGCCCCUGGGUUUCGAGUCCGGAGAGGUGACACCAGACCAGAUCACCUGCUCCAACCCGGAGCAGUACGUGGGCUGGUAUUCGUCGUGGACUGCCAACAAGGCCCGGCUCAACGGCCACGGCUUUGGGUGUGCCUGGCUCUCCAAGUUCCAGGACAGCAACCAGUGGUUACAGAUAGACCUGAAGGAGGUCAAGGUGAUUUCGGGGAUUCUCACCCAGGGUCGCUGUGACAUUGAUGAGUGGAUGACCAAAUACAGUGUGCAGUACAGGACUGAUGAGAGCCUGAACUGGAUUUACUAUAAGGACCAGUCCGGGAACAACCGGGUCUUCUACGGAAACUCGGACAGAACGUCCACCGUCCAGAACCUGCUGCGGCCCCCCAUCAUCUCCCGCUUCAUCCGGCUGAUCCCACUGGGCUGGCACGUCCGCAUCGCCAUCCGCAUGGAGCUGCUGGAGUGCGCCAGCAAGUGUGCCUGA